UGAAGAUGUAACAUUAACCCUUAUCAGGGGAUUAGAUGCCUCAUGACAUUGUUAAUGAUCUUCAGAGUCUUUUUGUCCCUGUAGGUCACAAGUAUGAAUCCAACCAACUCAGCAGGUAUUAAAGAUUGUUAUUGUCUAAUAAUGGAUGUUUGGUGGCCUCUAUAUGAGUUGGGUUUAGUGAGUGUCAGUUCCAGCUCCUGCAUCAUAAUGUCAUCACUACCAUGCUUUGCACUAACUGGCAGACUCAGCAUGGGCCCUGGAGACUGACUUAGCCCUCUUAUCUCUAGAAAUCACCCCAGAGCUGAGCUAUGCCAGUAGGGCAACCUUCCUUGUUGCUGCCCUAUAGAUGAGCAGGGCAGCAUACAGCAGAGGUUUAUGAGCACUAAACCCACACUUUUUUUUAUAGCUGGAGUCUUCAUGACUCAGCCCUCCAAGGUAUCAGAGUCCCUCCAUACAAACAUGGCAGUCUUCCCUUCUCUGCCCUGACUGUGCCACUCCUCCUGUGGCUGGUAGGGAAACACAGGCCCACCCUCUACUCCAGGUUCCAGUCCAGCAUCUGUAGCAACAAUGGCCUGAUUCCUUCCUCACUAUGGUACUCUUGCUCUGGACUCCUUUCUACUUCUCAACUCUAUGUUCUGGCUUCCCCCACACUCCUCCCAUGGAACAACUUGGCUCUGUAACCCCCAAACACGCCUCCCCUCUCCUAUGAGUAACUACAGACUAUUUCCUGACAGCCCCUUUCUGUUGGGAUGGCCCAGCUCCUCCCCCAGCUGGACUUGUUCGGCAAUUAGGUCUUAGCAUGCCCUGGCUUUCCUCCUUUAAUUGGCCUAAUUUACCCCUUCAGGCCUUGUGUGAGUUGGACACUCCAUCAGAGGAGGACAUUGUCACCUCAGAAUUCCACCUAAUGAUGGCUCCACGGACGUUACUGCAGCCUUGCAAAGAGGGACCAGGAUCAAUGGAGAGAUACUUAACCUGUUAACCAUGACCAACUCACAUGUUUCUAAACAUCAUUAAUUUUGUCUACACUAGGACUGGACAAGAUGAUAUGGAAACAGCAUAUGUGGCUAAAUGGACCAAUACACUCCUUUACUCCAAUGUAGCGUAAGUUCAGGAUUGAGGUCCAACUUUGAUUAAGCACAUCUACUAAUAUGUUGAAGCAGGAAAAAAAUGGCAACAAAUGGGAGAGAGCAAUUGGUCUUACUAAUAGAGUAAUAAUAUACUAUAUAUAUUGUCUCAAAUUAGAAAUCUAAGACUAAAUGUGUUAUUUUAAAUAUAUUCCAGAUGGGCUGGAAAAUGUGCAGGAAAAAAAAAUCAUUCCAAAGAAAAAGAAAAAGAAAAGAACAAAAAUAAGAAAAGGGUCACAAACUCCUCCUGACUCUAUGGAUUAUUUGAUGGCAGAAAUACCAUUUGCCAGUACAGAUACUGGAGAUGAAUUUGGCAUUACUAGUACAUUUGAAAUAUAUUUUAAAAAGAGGAGAAAAAGAACUACUAGAAGGAAGACUGAAGAAGACGAUCAAACAAAGAAGAAAAAGCAAGAUCAGCCAAACUAUUUCAUUUCUCUUCCAAUUACAAACCCAAAGAUUACAAGAGGUGUUCAGGCUGUCCAAGAUAUAGUUGUACAAAAGGAUCACAGACUUUCCCAAGCAAUGGUUCGUUAUGGCUCUUUACAUGUCACGCUGUUAGUGAUGCAUUUAUCCAAUGAAGAAGAAGUUGGCACAGCAGUUGGUGCUCUUUUAGAAAGCAAAGAUGCAGUAGAAGAACUCCUACAAGGAAAACAUUUGGAUUUAUCAUUUCAAGGAAUUGAUGAUUUUAGAAAUGAAGUUGUAUUUGUGAAGUUUGCAGCGAGUCAUCAUACAGCCAUGCUUACGGAGAUAUCAGAGACCAUGAAGAAGAUAUUUCAAGAAAAGGGCAUCUUGGCAGGAGAAAACAGAGCUUUUAAACCUCACUUGACCUUCAUGAAGCUGUCAAAAUCACCAGAGCUACGUAAGCAGGUGAAAAAAAUUGACCCGCACCUGUAUGAGAAUUUUAAAAGCCACUAUUUUGGAGAUGAAACCCUGUACCGCCUAGAUCUUUGCUCCAUGUUGAAAAAAAAGCAACCCAAUGGCUACUACCACUGUGAGUCCUCUAUCACGGUUGGGAAGAGCCAUGAAUCAGACUUAAUAAAGAAAGCCUUACACAGAGAAUCGCUGGCCCUGUUAUCAAAACUGAAUAAGAUAAAGGAGCUCUUAUCAAACCCUGAGACCCGGAUGAAAAUUAACAGGGAACUGUUUCAAGACAUACAUAAACAGCAGUCGUCAUUAAAAAGUCAUGUUGACUCCAACUCUCCAGCUAUGUGAUUGUAAAUAGCUAUGGUGUAAAAUCUCAUAUGGUUGUUUUAUGAUGAAAAAUAUUGUUUUUGCAAGUUUUCCAUCUCUGUUUUUUUUAUACAGCCAAUAUAAAUGAAAGCCAAUAUAGUGUGUGGUAUUGUGUUAAAAUACAUGCACAGAAAAGAACAGACUGUUUACUGAUGAGUUACAGUAGCUCUCUAGAUCAAGUUUUGGAUGGAUGGAAGGAAGGAAAAAGUUAAGGAUGCAGGUCUAUGUCAUGAUUCUGCCACAGAAACACUAAUUUCUGAUCAAACACUGUGGCAAUUCUAGAACACAUACUCUCAAAGUGAUUUUUAAAAUGUAUAGCUGAAGAAGGCAUUUUUAAAUGAUUAGUCUUUUCUGUAUAUGCUGGUAUUUUGGGUUGGCACUGAUUCUUGUUUGUUAGUUAAUCAGCACUUGAAUACACAUGUACACAUGCUGAAAUGUUUUUUCUGCUAUUGUUUACAUGCAAGCAAGAAUGUUUUAAUCUCUCAAGGUAAAGUCCUGGCUCCACUGAGGUCAUUGGCAAAAUUUCCAUCGACUUCAGUGGAGCCAGGAUUUCACCCUCAUUAUUUAUUGUUAAAAUAAUCAUUGUUCAGAAUAUUUGCCUUGUCACUUCUGUGGAAACAAGAUGCUUCUUGUUUUUAUUUCUGUUGUUUCCUCCAUCUCUUUGCCCUCUGCUAUGUGAAAAGGGGUCUGAACCUGUAUUCCAUGUGCACUCAACAUAUCUACUGAGUUGAGUGGAAGUAUUGGGUGCACACACACAAAAAUGCAGGAUUGGGCCCAAUAUUAGCACUUUUUAAGCAUUUGUGGAAACUGCCUACAAUUGUAAAAUCAUCUACUUAAUCAUGCAUUCUGUGAUCAAUAUCAGAUUUGUGCUGGUAGAACUGCAGUAUAAAUAUUAAGGUUUUAUUCAUCAACUAUGAAAUUGUAUUGGUAUUUUAUCUCAUGGAUCAGCUAUUUUUUUCUCAAGUGAUAAAUGAGAGCGUAUUGAAAAAUGCAUCUUAUGUAUUCGAGUCCAUCUUCCUAAUAAAAACAUUUUCUCUUUGCACUG